AUACUAUUAGCAAAUCAUAUUAAGAAAGGGUACUACAUUCAUCGAAUUAAAGAAGGUCUCUGGAGUACUUUUGGCAUUAGUAAGAAUAAAAAAGAUGCUUGCGCCUCUUCUGCAAACUUACAAGUUGGAUCUUUAGAUUCGAUAGAUGUUAAUGAUCUUUAUGAAAACUUGCCUGACUCCAACUCUGAAAGCCAUUUAAGUGAUAAUGGCAUUGAAGACAAUGAUAAUGAUGAUAAUUAUGAUCCUG